AUGGCCAGUAUAAUAGCCCUCUCCGGCCCGUCCUCAUCCGGCAAAACCACCCUCACGAGACUCUUACAACGCAUCUUUAACAACUCCUCCUCUUCCUCGACGGACGUAUCACCCGAUUCGAAUUCCAAUCCCAACCCCCCUCCGCUACGAACAUUCAUAAUCCACGAAGAUGAUUUCUACCAUUCUGACGAUCGAAUCCCAAUCACAACCCUCCCCUCCGGCCAAACAAUCCAAGACUGGGACUGCGCUGGUGCAAUCGACAUCCCGUUCCUCCGGGCGUCGCUAGCCCACGUCCGACAGACGGGAUCCCUGCCCCCGAAGUUGCUCAGCAAGGAAGAUCAGAAUGAGGUUACCGACUCGGGGGUUCCGGAGGAGGUUGUUCUUCGAUUACGCGGAGAUGUGCAGAAGAGGUUGUUGAAGGCGCAGGUGCAGAGCAAGGGAACGCGCGUGGUGGCGUUCUUGGAGGGAUUCUUGCUAUAUGCACCGUCGAGAGAGGACGAGGAUCAUCAUCAUCAUCAUCAUCAUCAUCAUCCCCUACAGGACGUGCACAAGUUACUGGACGUGCGGUUAUUCCUGCCCGCGCCGUACGACAAGGUGAAAAGCAGACGGGAGAGUCGGAGUGGAUACGUGACGAUAGGACCGGCGCCGACGCCGACAACUUCGACUACGACGACCACAGCUUCGACGACGGGAAACUCGGAGGAAGUGGAUUUGUACGGGGAGGAUGAUCGACCACCGCAGAACUUCUGGACCGAUCCGCCGGGAUACGUGGAUGAUAUUGUGUGGCCGCGGUAUGUGCAGGAUCAUGCGUGGUUGUUGCUACCGGAAAGGAAACCCGGACAGGAAGGGGCUACGAGUUGCCUGGGAGUCAAUCCCCAGGAGGUGGUGAAGCUGGUGGGACAAGGCGUCAAUGUGAGAACUGGUGCUGGAGUUACGGUGGCUCCGGGUCAGGGAGAAUUGCCGAUGAUGGAUAUCCUGCAGUGGGCGGUAGAGGAGGUGAUGAAAUACUUAGAAGGGACGAUACAAUAG